UCUGUAUGUGUCAUCUCAAACUCAAAACAACAACUAAGCAGGAUCUUCUGACCCAUUCGGAUCCACAAACCUUUCGACAUCUGCAUAAACGUCACUGACAGGCUUGUAAAAAUAUCAAGGGUUGGAUCCGUCCCAUCGUAGCAGGUUUAUGUCUAUGUCGUAGUGUCCGCAGGUUUGGGUCUGGUUCCGCCCGAAUCAUGUCCUGCUGUCUGCUGGAAUUCGGUCGGGUCCAAGGUCUUAGACAGGUGCGAGACUUUCUGUUCCCCAAACAGAACCAAACCGGUCCGGAGGCAGAGAACACACAAGCAGAGAAUGAGUUGACGUGGGAUGACACAGACUGGGGCUCCUGGGAGAAUCCUGACAGUAAAGAGGAUGGAACUCAGGCUGAGGUGGAGGAACAGCAGCAGAGUGCCCCCUGGCUGCAGGACUGUGUGCUGUGUCUCUCUCCCUGCUCAGAUCUGCUAAUCAUCGCUCGAGAACAUAAAGCCGCUUUUCUCUCUGCUAAGUGGCGGGCAGAGGAGAUGACCCUUACUGUAUCCUGGAGUGGAACGCUAAGCGCUGAGGAAGGGGAGUGCAUUAGUAGUGUUAUCUGUAUUCCCCUGGCCAGCCAAAAGAGGAGUUCUACCGGCCACCCCGAUUGGACUUGUAUUGUUGUAGGAUUUACCUCUGGUUACGUCCGUUUCUACACAGAGAGUGGUGUUCUUCUGUUAGCUCAGCUCUUGCAUGAAGACCCUGUAUUGCGACUCAAAUGCCGUACUUAUGAGAUUCCACGACACCCUGGAGUCACUGAGCAGCACGAGGAGCUGAGUAUUUUGUACCCAGCAGCUCUAGUCACCAUCGAUGGCUUUAGUCUCUUCCAGUCUUUACGUGCCUGUCGAAAUCAGGUCGCCAGAGCUGCAGCAGCUGGAAGUGAUGUCAUCCAGCCUCCACCGCUGGCCUAUAAGAAAUGGGGUCUACAGGAUAUGGAUACAAUUACAGACCAUUGCAGCAUAGGCAUUACGACUCUGAGUGUGUUUGAUCAGAUGAAAAAUGCCUCUAUCUUGGGGGGAUUUCAUGCUUCUGUUAAAGGAAGCCCUCCUGCUAUGAGUCAGUAUAUUACAGUGGGAGGAGGGCCCUAUACAGGCUUUUACUACGCUAUAGAGGGCAGUUCUCAGCCUCUUCUCUCCCAUGUGGCUCUGGCUGUGGCCAGUAAACUCACAUCAGCUCUGUUCAGUGCUGCCAGUGGUUGGUUGGGCUGGAAGAGUAAAAAUGAGGAUGAGUCUGUGCAGAAACAGAGACCAAAAGUGGAGCCAGCCACGCCCCUUCCUGUUAGGUUUGGUCUUCCUGAUUCUCGUCGACAUGGCGAAUCUAUCUGUCUCUCUGCAUGUAACACUAUGGCUGGAGUCACAGAUGACUUUGGCAGAGUCAUGCUGCUGGAUGUGGCACGAGGCAUCGCUCUCAGGAUGUGGAAGGGCUAUCGUGAUGCUCAGCUCGGGUGGGUUCAGGUUUCAGAGGCUCGUGGAGAGAGAGAUAUAGCCAUGUCUCCCUCCAUGCGCCGCCAUGCCCAAUUUCUUGUGAUUUAUGCCCCACGAAGGGGCAUUUUAGAGGUGUGGGGAACUCAGCAUGGACCACGUGUGGGGGCUUUUACCGUAGGCAAACACUGCAGGCUGCUGUACGCUGGUCACAGGUUAAUGGGUGUGAACAGUGUAACCAUUCAGGGCUGGCAGAUACACACACAGCAGGUGUGUCUGUUUGACCCUGUUAAUGGAUCCCUGAGAGCCGUUACCAUACCAUUCCACCUGGCACUCAGUGAUAAGAAGAGCGAGCGUGCUAAAGACAUGCACCUGCUGAGGAGACUUACCUCUCUACUGAGGAGCAGGGAAGUGGAGCCAGCUCUGCUUGAGAGUGAAGCACAAAGUGUGUUACUGGACAUUAAACAUCCAGCUAAUAAAAAACAGGCGUUGGAUUCCCUGUUGUCCAAUAAGAAUGCACCUGUGUCCUGUUUGACCAAUGUUACUCGUGCACUAUUGGCCAGCCUGAAAGAACAAGAUCCCGAAGCAGUGGAUGAGUCUUUGCUUCAGUUCUGCUCAUCACAGCUCAAACUGCUUCAACUCUACACAGACGUCCAACUACUGCACACACCAGAUACAUCCCCCACUGAAACUGAACAUCUAUCAUUCUCUGGCAUCGAGGAGGAUCUGGCUCAAGUUGGCCCAAUUCUGCAGCGAUACACAGAGAUGAACUCUCGGCCCAGUGUCUCAUUCGCUCAAGACUCCGGUGGUCCGCUACCAGUCCGAACAUUUCUGUCUCAGUUGGAGUGGGUGAAUGGAGAACUCAGAGUGAUCAAACAGCAAGAUACAGACUGGACCCAACUGGGUAGUUUCCUGUUCUGGGGUUGUCUUUCUGGUCAGAGUCCAUUACAGAGAGUGUGUGAGACUCUGCAGGAAAGUGGCAUCAGUCCUCAACAGCUACUGUCUUUGCUCUUAACUGUUUGGUUGAACAAAGAGAAGGAGGUACUAAAGUGCACAGACACAGUCUCAAUCCUGCAAACAUUGCUGUCCACACUCAGCUCCAUGAAAGGUGCGGUGGAUGAAUCGUGGGAUGGGCAGUGUAUCUCUCCCUGGUGGCAGCAGGUGCGCACAGCAUGUGUUCAGUCUGAGAGUGCUGCUGCUGCACUACUGGCUGCUGUAGUCGCUCAUCGUGUAGCCAAGAGUGCCAUCACCAAACUGGCAGAAAGCAAGUUUCAGGAGGGGUGGGAGUGUGUUUCUUUGGAGUUGGAGCAGUGGGUGGUGUGUAUAAAGCAGUUGGAGGAUGUUCUUGCUCUGCAGACGCUGCUCUGCCUGCCGCCUCCUCAGGGCUCAACAGGGGGCACUGUUAGUCGCUGCUCAGUCAAAACACUAUUAGAGAGUGGCAGAGGGGGUGUAGCAGACUGUGUUUCUAAGUUGAUCUUUAGGCAGGGCGUUCCUCCAGAACUCUUGAGGAAUAUUCUACAGCGGAGGGGGGAGAAUCAUCCCACAGAACAGCCACUACAUCAUGGAGAGAAAGAGAGACUGCAGGAGCUGCUGGAGUGUGUGUGUCAGCGAUUCCCUAGCUCUCUCUCUCCUGAUGUGCUGUUUGCUCACUGUAGCUGGGAACACGUGGUCCAGUGGAACAAAGACCCAGAGGUGGGGCAGUAUUUAGAGUGGUCAGUGGAGUUUUUAAAGAUGAUCUCCAACCCUCACAUACAGUUGGGGAUUUCUGCCAUGAUGUGGCAUACCUUCAUUAUCAAACGGUUUUCAGCUACUGCCUUUCUAAUGGAAAAGGUGGGGAAGGCACCCAAAGACAGACUGUGCAGACGGGAUGUAGGAAUGGGAGAUGUAGCUGUGAGGAGUUUCAUGGGCACUUGUGUGCAGUUACUCCAGGCUCUGAUGGAGAUCAUUCUACAACUUGAUAAGGCGGACGCUGGGGUGGAGGAAGUGUCUGCUCCAGACGUGUGUGUAGAGGAAGUAUGGAGCAGUGCUGAGGGUCCAGUCUCUAUAGUGGAGUUAGCUAUGGAUCAGAGAUCUGUUCACUAUCCUCUUGUUCAACAUCAUUAUGUGUUAGCGUCGCUGCUGCAUGCCGCCAUGACUUUCUCGCUGCGCCUUAAACCACUCGGCCUGUUUGACAGCAAGGGUAAGAAUGCAUUCUUCAGAGAUUUGACCUCCGUGCAGUUGCUGCCUAGUGGAGACAUGGACCCCAGCCUGGUAGCUGUGAGACAAGAGUUUUUGAUGAGUGUAUUAACAGGCUGUGUGAAGGCUCUAGCAGAAGCUGAGGAGAAUGGUGUCAAACACAGCAGCACUGAAGACAUGUGGCCGUCUGUAUGUAUGGAGCUCACGUCUGUACUGCAGGUCAAUACUGACACACUGCGCAGACACCUCGUGUGUGAACUUUACAACCAGGGCCUGGACCUGCGGGCAGAGGAGGUGAUGAUGGAGGUGGAGGAUAAGGAUGUUUUGGGCUCUCAGCUCCUGGUGUUGACGGGUCAGAGACUCUCUUUCUCUCUGCUACACUCACAGUCACAAACCAAACCCAACAUGGAGCUGCUGGCCCGUCUGCCACCAACUCUCUGCACCUGGCUGAAAGCUAUGGACCCCAGUGAGCUGCGCUGUCCUUCAGUACCUCUGUCUCAGAGCAGUCGACUGAUCAACAAAGUCAUUGAGAUGCUGCCAGAAAACCAUGCGCAGUACAGCCUUGCCCUCCACCUGCUGGAGGCUGUGGACUCUUUACAGGCAGAACCCUGAUAUGGACACAAUAACUUGUUUUAUUUUUUUAAAACCAGACUAAAAUCUUUUCAGGAUCCUUGAGAACCUUAAAUAAAUCCAUCAACAUCAUCCUUAGUAAUCUGCUUAAUUUAGCAGGGUUUCAUUUUUCCUCCCAGCUAUCACUAAAAUAGCAUUUCCAGACACUCAUGUGGUUGUGUAUAUUUUGUAUUUCAAAUUAUAGAUGUACUAAUUCAGAAUCUUGUUCUGCCAAUCAAAUAUGUGUAUUAAAUGUCUCAUGAUGUUUAUUAGUAAACAAGCACUAAAAUAUCUGUCAUCUUUUAUUGUACGUGCACAAAUUUUCAACGCUUUUUAUGCAGUCCUGUGCCAGCACUGUCUGGUUGCUAUAAGAUAAUGCAAAGUUAACCAUGAUACAUAAAUAAAGCUUUCA